AGCUACUCCGUAUAUUUCUUCCCCGUUUCCCCCACAAAACCCUACUGGUCCGGAGAUCCCCCCACAAACCCUACCGGUCCCACUCUUUCUUACCUGCAGAUUCUCACCGAAAAAAUCCACAUUUUAACCACAAUGUCCGCUCAUGGAGCUCCGGAUUUGUUCCCGGAUCUCAUAUUCUCCGAGAUCCUCAUCCGUUGCCCGGCAAAAUCCAUCUGUCGCUUCAAAUGCGUAUCCAAACGUUGGUGUUCCCUCAUUUCCAACCCCCGCUUCAUCGCUUCCUACGCCUCUCGUUCGGCUCCUUCGUGGGUUGCCGUGGACCGCGUGGUCCGGGUCGAAAAGGGUCCGAAAGAGUUCGUUCUCUCUCUUCGCGAGCCCCCAGAUGUGAGCUCCCUCUCCGUUUCGCCUCACUUGGUGGAACAAGAUCUUGUUGAUUUCAGCAGUAACCAAUUCCCAACCGCGAUUUCGGGCAGCGGCGGGUUUCUUCUCUUCUCCGUUGCCAGGAAGCGGGACCCGUAUAGUGAGAAAGAGAAGAGGCCAGAUUUUUUCUCCCAUGAACGUAGUUAUGGCACUCUUGCCCUCUGCAACCCAAUCACUCACCAAUUGAUUGAGCUUCCCAACUCUCCAAACUUGAUAAGCAGUCGUGCUGCCAUCGGGUUUGCCCCUAGGGCUGCGGGUCCAGGUGGGUCGGUUCUCGACUUUGUGGUGGUGGAGUAUGCACCCAUUAUUGGGUCAGCUGCUGCUUCAUUGAUGAUAUUUUCGUCUGAGACUGGGAAAUGGGAGAUUAAAUCUGCAAAUUAUAUGCUGGGUAUGCACUUUUGGAACCCUGGGGGAGUGUUUGAAUUUGAUGGGCACUUGGUUUGGGUUGAUAAAAGUUGUGGGUUCAUUGUUUGGGAUGAGCCCUUUAGCAGAGAGGAAGUGGCUCAGCUUCGGUUUAUUCGGCUUCCCCAGGGUUGUUCUAGGCGAUUUGAUACGCCAAAUUUAUCGGAUGAGCGGUGUGCUGGGGCUGGAGAUGGGUGUAUUCUGUAUAUGGAAUUGGUGGAAAACGGCAAGUUUUUGAGGUUGUGGCAGUGGAAAGAUUAUAAUAAUGGAGGAUGGGCUUUAGUACAUAAAUCAUCUUUGAAGGAUAUUUGGUUUGAUGACAUUUGCUUUGGUCGCCGGCUUCCAAAGAUGACACCUCAACUUCUCUUCAACCACCCUUUUGAUGUCAAUGUCGCCUUCUUUAAUGUGGGAGAUGUCAUUUACUCAGUGAAUGUUGUGGAUAAGAAGGUUUUGGGUCGUGCUAUCCCCUCUAGGUUGACUAAAGAUAUAUGGACAUUCCCUUUUCUGCUCCCGUCUUGGCCAGCUUCAUUCUCACCUGUUUUGCUUGCUUCUGUAGCAAAGGAACGCGGGAACAAACACUUUAAUGACAAAAGUUGGAAUGAAGCUGUCACAUGCUAUUCACAAAGCAUCAAACACGCGCCAACUGCUGUGGCAUAUGCGAAUAGGGCAGCUGCCCAUCUCAAAUUGAGCGAAUACAAACUAACCGAGGCAGAUUGCACAGAGGCAUUGAAGCUGGAUGAUAAAUACCUGAAAGCGUACGCUCGCCGAGCAAUAGCACGAAAAGAACUUGGGAAGCUUAAGGAGGCCGAGGAAGACGCAAAGCUCUGUUUGAAGCUGAAUCCCAAGCAGAGUGACAUUGCAAGCCUCCAUGCUGAAAUCACGUCCUCUCUGGAGAAGGCAGCUUUGAAGGGCUGAUGCUGAUGAAGAAGUUGCACCCAACCCAUAACAUCAUGCGGGAGAUGGAUUAUAUGUUAUCGGUUGGUUCCUACUAUGCUCUAUGUACAUAAUAAUCGUAUUAAUCUUCCUUCCAGCCAAACACUGGUUAACCUGAAGUUUGAAGUAUGUGUCUAAUGUCUAACGCUUUGUGGUCGACUUAUAAUAUGUGUGUAUCUAUCUAGUCUAACGCGCUUUGUGGUCGUGUCUUAUUAUGUGAAUAAUGCUAUGACAUGCUGGUUAGUAUCAAUUUCAUCAACUUUGAGAGAGUUUCCUUAGCUUUUGUUGUUCAUAUUAUUGGUUCCUUU